AUGUCAUCUCUUUCUUAUCACGCCUCUCCUUUAUCAAGCACUUCAUUCUUCGCAUUUACUUCAAAAUCUAAAGAAAUUUUUGAAUUCGUGACCCCCGACAGCAAUAGUAAUAGCGACAUUAACAGUAGUCGAGCUGAUUUUGGAGCAAUUGAUGUUAUCGCCGAUCCCUUUACUCAAAUUCGUGACGAAGAAAUUUUCGUCGCCGAAGAGAAACGAAAAAGUCAAUUUGUGACUUUUUUUAGUAACGUGAUUCAAAAAGUCGCACCAAAAAAUUUGUUAAAACGUCGUCGUAACACUUGCGAUUCCUCGGAAAAGCCAAGUAUCGAUCAGCAACAAAUUUACAUGACUUCACCGCAUCAAUCAAUUCUUCGUUCACAACAAUCAUUAAUGACAUCCUCUUCUCUUUCCUCCAAUUACCUGUCACCCAUAAUUAAUCUCCAUAUUAAUAUUUACUGGUCUCCAAAACUAAAAAUAAAACUUUCGAUAUUUCGCCAUGCUUCAUUCCACGAAUUUAGAAAUACCAUCUCGUCGGUUCUCGGCUAUCAGAUACCAAACGAUAGUAUCAUUCUCUACCAUAGUACACGUAUUCUAGAGCUAGAGAAAAAGCUGAUGUUUGCCGAAUCAAAUCCCGCGUUUGUUGAUUAUCUGGUGGCAGAGGGUAAAUUACAGCGUGUCGCGAUUGAAGAUUCAUGGAGAUGUGUAAUGGGUUGGUGGAGGAAUCAGCGUGGUCUAGUAGAAAGCUCUCGCGAAAAAAAGAUCUCUGGAAUGUCAAAAUUUAAUGAUUCAGUUGUAAGAAUGGAGCUAACACCAAAACGGCGAUCUCAACUUGCCGGAUUCCUCGUCAACGUAGUUGAGCUAGUGUGGGGAGAACUCGUUACAAACGAGAAAAAUAAACUUUUAAAACAUCUCGAAACGUUCUUUUCCAAAGUUAACUUUGAGGAAACCAUUGUGUUGCUAGCAAUCUGUUAUAUCCAUAAACUUAAGCUAAAAUAUAACGAUUUGCGAUCUGUCUUCCAGAACUGUGAAUUAUUAUUAUUCAUCAUCGUGGCACUACUUGUCUCGUAUAAAUACCUAGAAGAUGAACAACCUAACUGGAAAAGUUUGUUAAGUUUGUUAGGUAUCUCGUUUGAAAUGAUCAUGAAAUUCGAGUGGCUUUUUAUGGAAAUGUUGGAUUAUAAACUCCAUGUGACGAAAGAGGAAUUUAAUAAGUAUGUGAUGUAUUUUAAAAAUAAGUUUAAUUUUCUGGCGCAAGUGAAGGAGAAUCCUGUUGCUGUUUGUCGACCUAAAAACUGUCGGAAUCAACAACCAAAGGGAUCCAACAACUCUCUUUUUGUCAAUGAUCCGAGCGUAAACCUCGUGCGUGCUGUCCAGAUUAUAAAUAAUACUAGGGCGACUUUGGAAAGUAAAGUUUUUGGUUUGCAGGGAUCCACGUGA